AUGCAUUAUGCUGGUACAAUUGGUAAUAUGCUUCAUCGUGAUGCAGCUGAAUUUGGUUGGAAAAGUGUUGACAGUGGUCAACAUGAUUGGUCAACAAUGCAAACACUGAUUGGAAAUUAUAUAAAAUCACUUAAUUUUUCAUAUAAAGUUCAACUUCGUUCAGCUAAUAUUAAAUAUUUCGAAGGUUUAACACAAUUUAUUGAUGAACAUACUAUUGAAUGGAAGGAUUUAAAAAAAAGUGGUCGUUUAACAUUUAAUAAAGCAAUUAUUGCAACCGGUGGUCGUCCGACAUAUGGUGAUUUUCCUGGUAGAGAAUUAUGUAUUAGUUCUGAUGAUGUUUUUUGGUUAAAAAAAAGUCCCGGUAAAACUCUUAUUAUUGGUGCAGCUUAUAUUGCACUUGAAUGCGCAUCUUUUCUUCAUCAUCUUGGAAAUGAUGUUACUGUUAUGAUACGUUCAAGACCAUUACGUACAAUGGAUCAUCAAUGUGGUGAAAUGAUAUGUGAAUUAAUGGAACGUGAUGGAGUAAAAUUUAUAAUGCCAGCUAAUCCACGUUCAUUUUCUGCUAUGGAAAAACCAAAUAAAUUAGAAAAUGCUAAAGAAUGUCGACCUGGUAUUUGGGAACAUGGAAAAGAUGCUAAAGAAAAUGAUCAAUUUUUACAUGAAUCAGGAGCAAUUGAAGUUCAACAUGCUGAUGGAAAAGUAACAUGGAUUCAUCCAAAAGGAGAAAUUGAAGUUAAAUAUGAAUAUGCUGAUCAGCGAAAAGGAAAAAUACAGUCAGAAUGUUUUGACACAGGUAUGUAG